AUGUGUGCUAAUGUUAAAAAGCAAAUCAAAAGAUCAACUCGAGAAUACGAAACGGAUUUAGUAAAGAGAGCAAAGCUUGCACCAAAACUUUUAUUCUCAUACGUAAAUAGAAAACAAAACAUUAAAACGCAAAUUAGAGCAAUCAAGAACAAAAAAGAUCAAGUUACAACUGAGAUAUCAGACAUUUCAGAUAUAUUCAAUAAGCAAUUUCAGUCAGUCUUUGUUAAUGAUAAUGACCAACCAAUACCCGAAUUCUUGCAAAGAUGCGAAAACAAGUGCGAUUUCAGUAAGUUAUCUAAUAUGAUUACCUUUGAAAAAAUUCUCAGAAUGUUAGAAGGUAUGGAUGAGGCAAAAGCGAUGGGUUUUGAUGGAGUUAGUCCGUUUGUUUUAAAACAUGCUGAAGAAGGUUUUGUGGACCCAAUUGUUCAUGUUUUCAAAUUAAGCUUUGACACUGGAUGUGUCCCUUACCACUGGUCUGUUGCAAAUAUAUCACCAAUUUACAAAGGGGGAUCAAAACUUGAACCAGAAAACUACAGACCACUCAUUUGGGACACAAUUCUACAACAUUUAGUUUCAAAUAGAUUUAUAUGUGAGGAGCAAACUGGUUUUGUUCCAAACAAAUCAUGCACAACAAAUCUUAUUGAGACAAUUGACACAAUUACAUUUGAAACUGCAAAAGGUAAACCGUUAAGCGUCAUAUAUCUUGACUUCGCAAAGGCUUUUGAUAAAGUAGAACACAAAAGAUUAUUGACAAAGAUUAAAGCGUAUGGUAUAACUGGUAAAAUAUAUAACUGGAUUGAAAGUUUUUUUGCAAAUAGGAAACAAAAAGUUGCUAUUAGUAAUACAGUUUCAGAAUGGUAUGCUGAUGAUAGCAAAAUAAUAGCCAUAGAAGAUUCCAUUGAUAAACAAGCGGAAAUACAAAAUGACCUUGACAACAUUGUGAAAUGGUGCAACAAUUGGGGUAUGGAACUAAACUGCAAAAAAUGUAAGGUGAUGAGAUUCGGCAAUCAGAAAGUUUUUCGAGGUAUUAAUAAAACAUACGCAAUGAAUAUAAAUGGAAUGAUUUAUGACCUCUCAAACAGUGUAUUAGAAAGAGAUCUAGGUGUUUUUGUACAACCGGAUAUGAGGUGGAAGCAUCAAACGCAAAUUCUUUUUGGACUAUAUGCACUUGGUUUGUUAUGGGGUUGUCCGUCAAUUAUUGGUAUUUUGAAAGAGGGACCAAAGAAAUGUCUUUUGGUAAUUGUAAAUGAAGGCCUGCCAGAUGCUUUAGCAAGUCUAAUAUAA